AUGAAGACCGAGGAGGAGAAGCUGCAGGCGCGUCUCGACAAGUCCAUCAUGAGGCUUCAGAAGCUACGUAGCUCAAAGAGAGAUGUCCUUGAUCAUAUGAUCUCAAACCCGCCGAUUGGUUACGAGGUGAAGAAAAGUUUGGUUCGCUCGAGCAGGCAAGAGCUGAAGAGUUACCUCGAAAAUCGCAAAGUGCAGAAACUUCGAAGAGAAUCCGUCGUCACCAGGAACCAGCUUCAAAAGCUUCUCUCGCAGACGCCAGGGAGAAAGGACAAGGUCCAGACAUGCUCAAGUCCCCAUCGUCAAGAGGCAAAUAGCUCGCAGUUCAGUCAUCGCUUCCUCUCCGAUACCCUCACGCUGCAGAGCGAGAGGUCGGAACGAGCCUUGUCGUCGCGGUCGUCGGGGAGCACGUCCCCAUUACAUCGAGCUGCGACAUACGAGAUCAUCGCAGAUGGAGCUGGAAAUGUUCAUAUGUUAGCCAUCGGAGGUGUGGUAUAUGUAAGAUAUGCGAUGUGCUCUUCAUUUCAGAAAUAA